ACUCAUACACAUUCACAUCAAGCAUAGCUCAAACAAAAUCACAUAUCUUCAACCAUAAGCACAAUCAAACAACGACAUUCACUUCAUCGAAAUACUCAAGACUUGUAAUUCUUGAAAGAACACGUAAGGUGUAGAAUUUACCCCCUUUACACUCACCUUGUAAAGAUGACUUCUCGAUUCCUUACUCGAAGAAAACCCUCCUAUCUGAAUUAUCUCGGUGAACCUAUUAAUAAGAAAGUCAUCUCCUUAGUCGACCUUUCUCGAUUUAGAAUUCCCUUUUGGGUCACUAGAACCUCCUCUCCUCAACAUCCAGUCCUCGAGACUCGCUCCCAAGGUCCGUUAACCCCCUUUAAAAAUUUUCUAAAAACAAUCCCUUCAAAACCGACCACUUUUCCUAAUUAUUUUAGUCUUGGGCGAAUUUUCCACCUAACUUGAACCUUCUUAAAAAUUCAGAUAAUAAUUUUCCUACAUCAAUCAUGAGUACUUAUACCCUGGAAAAUUAUCAAAUCCUUAUAAACUCCUCAGAAUUAUUUUUAUUUAAUUAAAACAAAUGUUCGAACAAUUUCUAAAAUUAAAAAUACAUCUUUAAAAAUCUCCAAAUUAAAUUAAAGCCAUAUCCUGGACCUCCCUCAAUUAAAUUUUUUUUAACUCAAGUACAAACCCCAUAAAGAAUAUUGGUAUAAAAAGCAUAUUAAGGGUUACUCGAUCCCUUCCUCUGCAAUCGCCACUGAUCUGGGCCCUCUGACUGCUCGAUAAAUUCAGCAACCAUCCAGCCACGAUUUAGCCAAAUCAUCCACUUCUCUCAACAUAAUCAAGUUGUUCUGGGUCUCGGUAAAAAUCAAACUCAACCCCCCCCCCCCCACGGUGUUUCCCACCGCCAACCACUGUGUUCGUAGGAUUUCAAAAUCCUGAUCACCCACAACUUCAUGAUUGAACCAUGCCCAAUUGCGGCAAUAUAGAGGAGGGGGGUGCUGACGGAGGACCAUGAUGGCGGCAAGAAAGAGGAGGGGCGUUGUCCGCGGUGAAGGGUCGGUUGGAGGUGAUCGCCUGUCGGCGAAAUCGUUUGGAGUGCAGCGACGGAGGGAGUUUAGCCGCUCUGUUUUGACGAAGAUGACUAUUUAGGGAUUUAAGGCUUUGUUUGUUUUGUCAAUUUUGGUUGUGUUAAAGGAAAUUUUAGUAAUUGUAUUCCUUUUUUUAGUAAGAGUAAUUGUAUACUUUAAAUUAGUGCGAUAAUAAUAAAAUUAGUGCAAUGUUUAGCCAUUCAGUAUUUUUAAUGCAUACCAGAAAUCCCUAAUGCUUACCACUAAUUCCGUAAAGCAUACCAGAAACCUCUUAAUCCAGACCACAAAUUGCCUAAAACAGACCAAAAUUCCAAAAAGCAAACCACAAAUAUUUUUAUAGACACACUAGAAACCCCCUAAUACAAACCACAAACGCGGUAAAGAAAUCCAAACGCGUUCUAAUGCAGACCACAAAUAUAUUAAAACAAACCAUAAACCUCACAAACCAAACCACAAAUAUUUUGAAAGCACACCAGAAACUUCUUAAUACAAACCAGAAACCUCCUAACGCAUACCACAAAUCUCCUAAACCAAACCACAAACCUCACAGAGCAAACCACAACAUUUGCGAGAGCACACCAGAAACCUCCUAACGCAAACACAGUAAAUCAAACCACAAAAAAACAAACCAUAAACGUCCUAAUGCAAACCACAAAUAUAUUAAAACAAACAAAAAACCUCACAAUGCAAACCACAAAGUUUUUGAAAGCAAACAAGAAACUUCUGAAUGCAAACCACAAAUGCGAUAAAGCAAACCACAAAAGGCAUAAAAAAUUUGAGAAACCAAACCAUAAAUCUCAUAAUGCUAACCAUAACAUCCGGUGAUCGUUGGCCGUUGACCCGUCAACGAAUUUCGUUGACCGAACUCCGAUGACCAUCAGCGAGCAGAUUCUGACGCCGAUAGGCAUAUUCCGGCCCCGAUAACUAGAUUCCGACGCCAGUAAGCAUAUUUCGACGCCGGUAAGCAUAUUCCGGCGACAUAUAGCAUAUUCCGGCGACAAAAGGCAUAUUCCGGUGACCGUCUGCCAGUUUCCGGCGACCGGUGGCAGAAUUCCGGCGACCAAAAUUUUUAGCAGAAAAUAUUUUUUUUUAUAUUUUUAUUAUUAUUUAAACAUAUUUUUCAUAAUGACAAUUAUACCCCUGUUUUGAUUUUACACUAGGUCAACUAAGCUAAUAAAAAGUCAUCACAAUCCUAGAUUCCUAUUGAUUGGAAACUAGUGUUGUUACAAUAACAACAAAUAUGGUGUUGUCACCAUAUCCGCUGCCACCCAUGUAUGCCUUAAGCAUUUCCAAAAGAUUCCUAUGACAUCCAUGAUCUCAUCAUACCUAAGCAUUCCCGUUAAAUAUCAUCUUAAAUUCUUAAUGGUGAAAAAAAAAUAAAUGACUAGGGUGUUACACUUAUUACUGCAAAUAUGGAGAAUGAUCUAAAAGGUCGUUUGGAUGAUGAAUUCUAAUGGAUUAAUAUGACACAAUUGUCUCGUUUUGAGAUAAUUGGAUCAGAUUGAUCCGUUUAGCAGCAUAAAAUUUGUAUGAAGCAAUUUGGGCUGCAUUUUGAAUUGACUCAUUUGGAGCCAAUUACAAUUGUCUAGGGUGGGGCAAGUAAUCUGAAUUGACUUGUUUUAAAUGACUCAUUUUGUAAAAUGAAAUAAUUAGUCAAAUUGUCUCGUUUUACAAUUGAUCCAUCUAAACAACCUCACUUUUAGCCGAUUAAUAAAAGUUAGGACUCAUCCUCUUUUCAGUAAAAGAAAAAUCUUAAGUGACUAAUUUGUUGCAAUUUAAAGUUUAAUGACUAUUUUGUUACACUUGCGAUUAUAAAGCAGAGUAGCGACUAGCGAAGUUACGGGUCACCUGUACACACCCAACCCAAGUCAAGCAGCACAGAGCCAUGCUCCGAGUGACGCUCUUCCGUCUCCCGCCAAUCUCCCGCCAUCUCGGCUUUUCAAAGCCACGCCAUUUCUGCUUCCAUGCCCAUGAUUAUCAAUCCCUUUCUCGGGAGCUCUUUUCCCUCUUGAACAACUGUGCGUCAUUGAAGCCACUCCAACAGAUCCACGCUCAAAUGCUUCUAAACUCUGUUCAUCACCCCAAUUUCUUCCUCCCCAAAAUCAUUCUCCUCAAGGACUUCCACUAUGCUCUCCUCUUCUUCACCCAUCUUCCAAAACCCAACGACUACGCCUUCAACGUUAUGAUCCGCGGCCUUACCACUACCUGGCACAACUACUCUUUGGCGCUGCAUUUCUAUUACCAGAUGAAGAUUUCCGGCCUUCUCCCCGAUAAUUUCACCUACCCGUUCUUCUUCAUCGCCUGUGCCAAUCUUCUAGCUCUGGAUUGUGGGCGAUCCGCCCACUCUAUGGUUUUCAAGACUGGUCUGGACGGGGAUGACCAUGUCGCUCACUCUUUGGUUACUAUGUAUGCAAAGUGUGGUCAAUUGGGUUGGUCCCGGAAAGUGUUCGACGAAAUUCCUGUGAGAGAUUUAGUGUCGUGGAAUUCCAUGAUCUCUGGGUAUUCGCAGAUGGGCUUUAGCAGGCAGGCGGUGAGGUUGUUUAUGGAUAUGCAAGAUCAGGGGAUUGACCCAAAUGAGAUGACGUUGGUUAGCGUUCUUGGGGCUUGUGGGGACUCUGGGAAUCUGGAUUUGGGGAGGUCGGUGGAGGUUUUUGUUCGUGAUAGGAAGAUGAAGUUUAACUCCUAUAUUGGCUCUGCUUUAAUUAGCAUGUAUGGGAAAUGUGGGGAUUUGAUAGCUGCUCGGAGGGUCUUUGAUGCAAUGAUGAAGAAAGAUGUUGUUGCUUGGAAUGCUAUGAUCACUUGCUAUGCACAGAAUGGAGAAUCGGAUGAGACAAUCAUACUGUUUGAUGCAAUGAGAGAUGCAGGUAUCAGUCCAAACAAAAUCACAAUGGUUGGGGUUCUUUCCGCGUGUGCUUCUAUAGGAGCACUUGACUUAGGAAAAUGGAUUGAGACUUACGCCUCAGAAAGAAACUUGCAUCAUGAUAUCUAUGUUGCAAGUGCACUGAUUGAUAUGUAUGCAAAGUGUGGUAACUUGGACGAUUCAAUAAGGGUCUUUGAAAGCAUGCCUUACAGAAAUGAGGUGUCCUGGAAUUCCAUGAUUUCUGCCCUUGCUUUCCAUGGCCGGCCCCAAGAGGCCUUGUCUUUGUUUUGGCGCAUGACAAGGGAUAAUGGUGCUCCCCGACCGGAUGAGAUCACAUUUGUGGCAGUACUUUCUGCUUGUGUGCACGGUGGAUUGGUCAAUGAGGGGCAUCAGUUUUUUGAGGUGAUGAAUCCAUCGUUUGGGGUUGUCCCAACAAUUGAGCACUUUUCUUGUAUGGUUGAUCUUUUGGCUCGUGCUGGUCAUCUGCAUGAAGCUUGGGAAAUUAUAGAGAAGAUGCCUGGAAAGCCCGAUGAAAUUGUGCUUGGAGCAUUGCUUGCUGCUUGUCAGAAGAAGAAAAACAUAGAUAUCAGCGACCGGGUGAUUAAACUUCUUCUAGAGGUGGAGCCAUCAAAUUCAGGAAACUAUGUCAUAUCAUCUAAGAUAUAUGCCAAUAUGAGAAAGUGGGAUGAGUCAGCAAAGGUGAGAGUCUUGAUGAGAGAAAGGGGUGUUAGUAAGACUCCAGGUUGCAGCUGGAUCGAGAUCGAAUCUAGCGUCCAUGAAUUUCAUGCUGGUGAUGGUUUACCUGCUCAAUCAAUAUAUAUGUACCAACUUCUCAAUGAGCAGAUGAGGAAGGAAGGUUACAUUCCAAAGAGAAGUAAAGGAGUUGGAAUGUAAAGCAUUGUGAUGCUUCUGCAUGAGCUGUUGGUAUGUGCCAAAAUGAUGCCCAGUAUUCAACUUGCUGGAGCUUUCUUUUCGCCAGCAAGAUUGGAAGGGGAAAAAUCGAACUCCUGUCACUGCAUCAAUGCAGAAAGAGUGCUAUUGCUGACAACGUCCCGCAGAAGGAGGUUUUGUACCUGAAAUCCGUGUACUAUUCUGUCUAACUGUUCAUUUGCUUGGUAACUUCUUGUCUUCUUGGAUUGUCAUUUAUUUUUCCCCGUAUUGUCAUGUUCUAACUAUCAACAAGCCAGAUACUUGCUAAUAUAUAACCCCUGUGCUUCGUAUUGCUUCUACAUAUAAUCUAGCUGCUAAUAUUUACCAUAACAUUUGAUCAUUGGGCUCCAGAAAUAUAAUAAACAAUACAAAAAUAGGAACAUA